UGCGAGUCCAAUGAAGUAGCAAGUGGUAAACACUGAUUCAGGUUAUUAUUCACUUCGACGGUGCGACCCCAUAUUUUCAUAGAUGGGCACUCAGAGCUUCGCCGGAAUCCGGAUUCUUUGCCGCAAUCUGUUGCUUUUGAGGGAAGGAUCCGGCGUCCAAUGGCUGAUCGGCUCGCCCUUCUUCCCUUUGCCAACCAUCGUCUCCACCGUCCGCUGCCUCCACACUCUUCCCUCCAAUCCCCUCUUUCCUGACCUAGCUAAGGAAUUAGAUGAUAUCAGAAGCCUGAUUCCGAGGGGCUUUGAAGUGAUCGGAGCAUUGGUUGUUCACGAUAAGGAUGGAACGAAGGCAGAAAAGGUAGCAGGUGAUGCUAUUUCAGCUGUUGGGAGUUUUAGGAAAGCCCAGUAUGGUAAUGACCGUGAAGAUCCAGUUUUGAUUGGAGCUGUACUGGAUCUCAAUAGUAGCAAUAGCGAGCGUGAUCUUCAGUUUUUCAUAUCUAGCACAGGAACUUCAUAUAAGUUGGAAAAAGUUAGCAGUGUCGUUUAUGUGGAUCAGCCCGAGAAGGAAGUCUGGGAGAGAGGUUGUUUAGUUUGUUGCGAACUUCCUCUGAAAUUGCCCUUGUAUUAUGUGUCAGACAAUGCAAAUGGUGAAGCUCUAGCUCUCUCUCUAUAUCUCUCCCUCAGCAAUGCAUUUGCUGCGGAGGGUGCAUAUGCACAAGCUAUUACAGCCGUGGAAAGAAAACUUCUAGACCCACAAGUUGCAUACAUCAUUGAAGCCCAAGAUAGAUCUUCAUCUGGUGGACCUCAGCCUGUCAUUCUUCAUGGUUUCGAGUUGGAUCCUGCAGCUGAGGAUCUCCCUGAAAAUGCCGUUAAUGCUGUUAUACUGGAAUCAGAUGAAGACUCCUUCGCAAAGUCUCGUACCUGCUCAUACUUUUUAUCAGAAACUAAGGAUAUCACAUCCUUUAACUCUGUGGAGGAGAAUGCAGAUAAAAUUAUAGUCAGCGUCAUGUUUAAUGGAUCUAAAAGUAAUGUCGAACCUGCUGCUCCGAUUGCUGAAUACUUUCCAGCACUUGGAGAAGCUAAACUGCUGGUUGUAAAUCAUAAACUAGAAGUGUUAUCCUACUGUACAAAGGAUCUGCGGUUGGCAGAUAUUAUCUCAAAGUUAAUUAUCCCUGGAUUAGUUGAUCAGCUACACUCAUUAAAGAACAAGAUAUUGCCAGAUCUCCUAACACAGCAGCUACAGCUAAGGCCAUACCACUUCAUGCCUCCCGCCUUUCUACAUCCAAUCACUGUUGUGUACGAGCUCAGCUAUGGGGAGACAGAAAUGAAGCAAGUUGAAGCUCGAAGAUCCCUUCACUUGAGGCUAGGGUUGCCAUUUGAUCGCCCUCUUUUGAGGAUUGCUAAUGCAAUAAAUUUAUCGUCAAUAAAGGACAACACUAGGGGCAAAUCAAAUCCAAAGGUGGGCUCCUCUUUGCUUAAAGAUGUUCAUCAUGGUAUUCCAAGCAGCGGAGUAUCUGGUGGCCAUGUCUCUUUAAUCCAGGGUUCCUAUGAAUAUUAUCAUUACCUUCAAGAUGGGUUUGAUGAUUCGGGCUGGGGUUGUGCUUACCGCUCUCUGCAAACAAUUGUUUCAUGGUUCAAGCAACAACACUAUACUUCCAUUGAUGUCCCCUCACAUAGAGAAAUACAGCAGUCACUAGUCGAGAUUGGUGAUAAGGACCCUUCCUUCAUUGGGUCACGUGAAUGGAUUGGCGCCAUCGAGUUAAGUUUUGUUUUGGACAAGCUACUUGGAGCCAGUUGCAAAGUUAUCAACGUGAGGUCCGGAUCUGAGCUCCCGGAGAAAUGCAGGGAGCUCGCCUUGCAUUUUGAGACGCAAGGCACACCCAUCAUGAUCGGAGGAGGUGUUCUGGCUUAUACGCUAUUGGGGGUCGACUACAAUGAAACAAGUGGAGAUUGUGCGUUUCUCAUACUCGACCCUCACUACACAGGCAAUGAGGACCUGAAGAAGAUAGUGAAUGGCGGGUGGUGUGGAUGGAAGAAGUCGGUCGAUAACAAAGGGAAGCAUUUCUUCUUGCACGAUAAGUUCUACAAUCUUUUGCUUCCCCAAAGACCUGACAUGGUAUAACCGGGUUACUACGGCUACUUGCUACUUUUUCUUUCUAUAACUUCAAAAUCGGAAUUCUCUUCUACAAUUGGUUGAUGAAUCCUUCUCUGGAAAACGUAGUUUUUGUAUCAAACUUUCCUAGAAAAUUACUUACGUUUCUUAUAAUUGUGAAACAUCGUAUUUGUCUUUUCUUUUCA